AUGGCACGGCAGGUGGCGUCCCUCCUGCCAGCGCUAUUCCUGCGCCUGGCCAUUGCACUCUGCCUCCAGGGCCCAGGCUCCCUGGUGACCACCCUGGGCUCCCGAUGGAUGCCCGUCCUGGGCUUUGAUCCCCCCGUACAUGCCACAGCACGCUUGGAUCAGGGAGCGUGGCUCACUGCGCUGGCGACGGUGCUGCUGGACUUUGCGGCGGCGUGGGGCCUCGCAUGCACGACGCCGGCGGUGCAGAAAGACGAGCAGCCGGAUGGGGGCCAGGUCGUGCACGCCCAGGGCCCUGGGGCCCUGAGGCUCAGCAUACACAGCGCAGCCCUGGUCAUCUCACUCUCCCUGUGCAGUCAGGGCAGGCUCCUCUCAGCAGCGCCCUUCCUGGUGGUCCUGGCCAGCGCCGGCCCUGCGUGGUUGGCCAUGCUCUCUCCGCUGUGCUCUCUGCUCCUCGUCGCCCGGAGAGGCGAGGGCGUGGCGAUGGCCACCGCGUGUGGCACCCCUGCAUGCUUCCCCCUGCUUUCCUCCACGCUCUGCCUCGCGGGCACAGCCUGGGCCUGGCACUGCCGCGCAGGCUGGUGGAGAGGGGGCCCAGGGUCUGAGGCCCAGAUCCGGCCCAACCUGGGGCUGCAGUGGUACCUGGCUGCCGAGGCCUUCCCUCGCUUCAGGUCACUGUACGCCUAUGUGUUUGCCACGCUGCCCUCCGUCCUGCAAUCCAGCGUCGCGCUGCGCUUUCCCACCCAGCCGUGGCAUGUGCUGGCGUGCCAGCUGUGGCUCAUGUUCCUGUUCUCAGAUGUGCCUGCACCCCACCACGCCGCCCUGGCAAUGGUGGGGCGCUGCGUAGAGAGGCAGACAGUCUGA